AUGCCCUGCUCGCCUGAACUCGGUGAGAUGCGCGACCUCCCCGACUCGCCGACGCCCAACCUCCGCUCCCAGCGGUCGAGGAGCGGCGCAACGAAUGUCCCCCAACCGCCACCCAAACUCCCAUCUGGCAAGAUCGGAUCGACGCACGUCGUGAAAGUACCCAGCAUGCCGCCUUUGCCGCGCAAGCCCUUUAGCGAGCCCGACAUCUUCUCCAGCUUCAAGAGUAACGUGAAGCGCAAUGCGCAAAGCAAACUCGGGCUCGGCGCACCUCGCACGCGUACGAAGCUGUAUAUGAGUCCGCCGCCACGCAACAAGUCUGGCGGACUCAUGCGCCGCCUGUCCGAGGAGCUCGUCAGGAGGAGCCACAAUGACACGGCCGAUGACUCAAUCACCUCGGAAGAAUCAUUUGGAGAUGACCAAAGCUUCGACUACAGCAACGAGUCACGCCCGUGGGAGGGUCUGUAUCCCGGCGUUGUGGAGCAGAUGCGCAUCGAUGUCGCUAUCCUCGAUGAGCUCGAGACCGACGAACUCGCGCACCUCAUUUUCGUCAUGGCGGACAAGAUCAAGUCGGAAGAGCAAGCGGGGAAGUCGAAGGCUGCGCGUAUCGUGCAACUCGAGCGCCAGCUCGGUAAGACCGCCCCUACCCCCGAUGCCGUUCCGGUCAUUACGGUGCUGGACGAGGACUCGCGCGAAGUCCCCCCAGAUGUGACUGAGACGUUCAGCGACACGCCGAGCUACCUGGACGAAGACAGCGAGCUGCCUCAGCUCCGCUCCCAGCUGCUGGUGCGGGACACGCAGAUCGGCAUUCUGGAGCGUAGUGUCGAGGAGCGUGAUGCGCAGAUCGACAAGCUCGAAGCACAGCUCCGCGAGUGCGAGACGCAAGCCUGCGCCUGGGCAGAGAAGGGGAGCAAGCAGCAGCUCGCUCUGGUUGAGAAGGAGCGCGACAUCGCCAACCUCCAAGUUGCAGUUGAGGAGCAUCGGGCUGCUGCCACAGAAGCACGGAAACAGCUCAAGGCGAAGGAAGCGGUGUACGCCCGCCUGAGCGCUGAAGUGGAAGAGAGGGAGCGCCUUAAUCUCGCUUUACAAAGUGAAGUCGAGGCAGCCGAAGCCGAGAUCGCGGCCCUGCAGGCAGACGUCGUCGAGCGCGAAGCCCGGAUCGCCCGCCUCGAGCUGGAAGCGGAGGAGCGCGAGGCAGAGCUCGCGGAUGUCACGCUUGCGCUGGAGGAGCUUGAGGAGGAAGGACGGUAUGCUGACGCUGCCGAGUCGAUCGAUGGCGACGGGCACGAGCUGCAGCAUAGGGUUAGCACCCGCGAGCUGCUCGAAGGUAUGGAGGCGCUGCGCCUCGCCAACGACGAGGCGGCGGCGGACCUGGGCUCGGUCCGGUCUCAGCUCCGCGAUGCACUCAAGAAUGCGGCAGAGUACAAAGCGCGCGCGGCAGAAGCUGAAGACGAGGCCGACAAGGCCCGCAGUGCUGCCGAUCGGGCUGAAGCGACUCUGCGCAAAACCCGCACGCUCGUCGCCGAGUCCCACCGGCAGGCGCACGAGGCUAUCCACCGGGCUCAGACUACGCCGCCGUCACCACCUUCAUCCGGUUCCGCCACCUCCAGCGCACUUUCCGAGGCCCGCUCUGCGGUGGCUGAGUCGCUCGCGGCGGAGCUUGCUACCGCGCAAGCAUACUCGGCCACCCUUGAAUCGCGCCUGUCCGAGCUUCAACUCUCACUCGAGUCUGCCAAGCUCGACUCCUCAAAGUUUGAGCGUCUGUACGAAGCGCACAGCGCCGAAUCCACCGCGACGUCCAAGGAGAUGCUGGCGCUGAAGGACGAGAUGGAGAAACUCCGCACCGCCUCAGCCGAUGCGGACAUGAAGGUCUUCUCCCUCGAGAAGACGAUCCAUGAUCUCGAGCUAAAGAUUGAGGAGAUGACUGUGCUCAUCUCGAGCUACGAGAUUGAGCGCCAGCUGAUGACUCCAAAGGGUACGCCGAGGGGUACGCCGCGCGGCACUCCCGCUGGAACCCCUCAUCGCGCCGGAACACCGCACAGAGCCGGUACGCCGAGUCUGAGGCAGUUAGCUACAACACCUAAGACGGCCCGCUCGCUUAGAAAGGAGCUGAGCGAGACCAGGAGCGAGACGCCGACACCCACGCCGUCCAAGACCCGCGUGCGCAAGUUGGCUACGCCCGUGGCACUCCCCAAGCGCGAGCCCUCCAUCGCCCGUACGUCUUCUGUGCGCGAGGGCGUCGUCCGCAACUCCUCGCUGAAGGAACCCUCCGUGACUCGCAGUGCAUCUAUGCGGGACUCGGGCAUCUCGCCACUUCGAGCGAGUACGCGGGCCAACGUGUCCACGACCUCUACGGACAGUACUGAGAGCGAGAAGGAGAAGAAGGGCGAGGAGAAGAAGGAAAGGAGGAGCAGCAAGAUAUACGCCCAAGCUGCUGCGAAUGGAAGUAAGCUGCCGAGGGGCAGGUAUAGUGUUAUCAGGCCGUGCCGCGUCAUGUCAAGCGAGGACGAGAUGUAA